AUGGCUGCCCCACAGCAAGAUGCAGAUCGAAAACAGCAGUGCGACUGGCUUUAUCCAGAAUUAAUGGCAAAAGAAGGUUUAUUAGACAUAUUAAGACAGCGGUAUGUUAGCCAUCCAGAUAUUGAGAGACUCGAGAAAGAAGAAUUGGUUGAGCUGUACUAUAAGUAUGUAAUCCCCCUGCCACAGAGGAAGUACAGAAUGAAUCGUAGAGGGCGUGAGAUGACAAGAAAACAGAUCUUGCUUGCCAAGAAAAGGAAAAUAACAGCACCCGAUGACACAGAGCCAGUCAAAAAGAAACAAUAUGAAGACAGCACUGUUAAUUCUCGGUUGAUCUCAUCAUUUAAUGAUCCUUCAAAGGGCGAGAGACUAAAACCCCCUCCAUCAUGUAUUGACUUUAAUAAGAAAACCAUCAAACUAGGAUCUGGUCCAAAAUCAUCACCAACACAAGAUAAUGUUACUAAAGGGGAAAGUGAUUCACAGUCCGAGUCACCAAAAAAGAAAAUCAAGUUGAUAACAUUUUCUUCAUCAGAAAAAACUUCAGCAUUAAGUAACAAAGGAAAAUCUCCAGCCAUCUCUUCUCCUGUGACAUCACCAACAAAGAUGGAUAUCUCAGUGAACAAAACUAAAACAGUCUGUCUUAUUAACAAACACCUGACAUCUCCAGAUCCUGGUAUUAAAGACACACCAAAGACAUCACCAGAGAAACUCUGUGCAAGCCCUGAUCAUGAUGCCACAAUAGCAAAAAGGGAUGGAGACACAGAAAAAAAAUCUGCUGUGACUUCUACUUCAAAGAAAAAGAUCAAAAUUGCUCGAAUACCGUGGCCUUAGAUAUCAUUCCCAAAACUGGAAAGUAACGCAAUUUGAUUGUGACACAAUUAAAAAAAUACAUGUAGGUUUACAUUGUAAUGACGGUGAAACAUGUUAUCCUGAGCUAUAAUAUAAUACAGUCAGAUAUGCAUUCAUUGGUACUGUCAUGUGAUUUAAAUCAUCACACUGAAAGGCCCAUUCAUGCUAUUAUAAUAGAACAAUCAGGAUGAAGUGUCUGAAUCCAGAUAAUACUAAAUAUAGAACAGUCUUCAGGUGAUGGGAGUUUUACUUCAGAUGUGCUUUGCCAUUUUGAGUCAAAUUUUGUUAUAGUAAAACUGAAAGUUUUAUAUCUUGGUGCUUUGAUUUUAAUUGAUGUUUUUGAAUAAUAAAUUGAGAAUUUUUAACUUAUAGAACAUGAAAA